AUAAGAGCUGUUUUCAUAAUCGUGACAGCGGUACUACUCCAGCAUCAAAACAUACUUAGGAUUCAUCCGGGAAAACUUUACCCAUCAUCGAAGCUGUAAAUUAAAGCUGAAGCUCGUAAGUUACAAAAGAAGCAGGAGGCAAAUAACGGGAGCGGAUCUCCAGCCACAUCUUCCCCGGCUUUUUUCUUUUUAUAUAACAGAAAGACCUCUGAAUAAUUUCUUCAUUGGAAAGAAAGCAAAAAGAACUGGACUGAAGUUUGAGGUCAUUUCCGCGGAACAAAAACUUUUGGAGAUGACUGAUUUGUGAACGAAACCCACCAGGACACCCCCAGGAAGUUGUUCCAUCGCAUUCAGCUCCCACAAAAGAAAAGCCGAAACAAAGAAGAAGAAGACGUAGAAGAGGAAAAAGAAGAAAUAACUCCCUGCACUGCCAUGGAUCAAGGAAAGCAAAUAACGCUCCCAUUGUUGAUGAGUGUUGGAACUGCGGUGAUUGGCUCCCUGCAGUUUGGCUACAACACAGGUGUUAUCAACGCCCCUCAGAAGAUUAUUGAGAACUUCAUCAAUCAAACGUGGUCUCAUCGUUACAAUGAGCCCAUUUCCAAAACCUCCCUGACAGCUGUGUGGUCCAUCGCUGUUGCUAUCUUCUCUGUCGGUGGCAUCUUUGGUUCCUUCUCAGUUGGACUCUUUGUUAACCGCUUGGGAAGGAGGAACUCUAUGCUCAUGGCCAAUAUUCUGGCUUUUAUUUCAGCCGUUCUGAUGGGUUUUUCAAAGAUGGCAAAGUCGUGGGAAAUGCUCAUCAUUGGCCGUUUUGUGGUUGGGCUGUACUGUGGCCUCUCCACAGGUUUCGUGCCCAUGUAUGUGGGUGAAAUUUCCCCAACAGCCCUACGAGGAGCCCUGGGCACACUACACCAGCUGGGCAUUGUAAUUGGAAUCCUCAUUGCACAGAUAUUUGGAUUGGAAGCGAUCAUGGGCAACGACAACUUGUGGCCUCUCCUCCUGGCUUUCCUCUUCAUCCCCGCUGUGAUACAGUGCGUCCUGCUGCCUCUCUGCCCAGAGAGCCCCCGAUUCCUGCUCAUCAACAAGAACGAAGAGAACAAGGCCAAAUCCGUGCUGAAGAAGCUCCGGGGCACCACAGAUGUGAGUGCUGACAUGCAGGAAAUGAAGGAGGAGAGCCGGCAGAUGAUGAGGGAGAAGAAGGUGACCAUCCUGGAGCUUUUCCGCUCGCCCCUCUACCGUCAGCCCCUCCUCAUUGCUGUCAUGCUGCAGCUCUCUCAGCAGCUGUCUGGUAUUAACGCUGUUUUCUACUACUCCACUAGUAUCUUUGAGAAAGCUGGAGUUGAGCAGCCCAUUUAUGCCACCAUUGGAGCCGGUGUGGUUAAUACAGCCUUCACUGUGGUGUCGCUGUUUGUCGUAGAACGUGCAGGACGCAGGUCUUUGCACCUACUGGGGCUGAUGGGAAUGGCUGGAUCUGCCAUCCUCAUGACUAUUGCUUUGGCUCUGCUGGAGCAACUCAAAUGGAUGUCUUAUGUAAGCAUUGUAGCCAUUUUUGCCUUCGUGGCAUUCUUUGAGAUUGGGCCGGGUCCCAUCCCUUGGUUCAUCGUGGCAGAGUUGUUCUCACAGGGACCCAGGCCUUCAGCCAUCGCUGUUGCUGGUUUUUCCAACUGGACUGCCAACUUUAUAGUGGGAAUGGGCUUCCAGUAUGUUGCGGACGCGUGCGGUCCCUACGUCUUUGUCAUCUUCACUGUGCUACUGGUCAUAUUCUUCAUCUUCACUUACUUCAAAGUGCCAGAGACCAAGGGCCGGACAUUUGAUGAUAUCACGGCCGGCUUCCGUCAGACUUCUGCCAUGGCAGAGAAGCACACACCGGAGGAGCUCAACAGCCUGGGAGCUGAUUCGCAGCUCUGAGCGGCUGGCACUGAACUUUCUAACAAAUUCUUUCUCAGAUCAACAGCAAACGAGAAGAGCCUGAUGACUAGAAGUAGACGGAUACACUGAUAGAAUAUUCUUCACACUGUCACCACAUUUCAGGUGUCCUCGCCAACCAACAGAACAGACCUGUGUGAUUCGCUCUGCCACGACGUCUUCUGCUGCUCCUCUCAUGUCACACAUAGAAACAAGAACUCGAUGAGCACCGUGUUGCUUGGCACAAAAAUAUACAGAGGAGAGUUUAGGAUGGAUGGGGAAGGUUUUAAUAUUUUUAAAGAUAUUUUUAAAGAAGGAAAAGCUGAGUCUGCAAUCAACUGGCUUCUUUUAACAUCUUUUUUUCUGUCACUAAAUAUUUUACUGUUAUGUGCUUAUUUUCUGUUCUGUCACCUGUUACAGUGAUUUUUUUGCAACUAUGGUUAAAGAGCACUGUAGCUUAAGUUCACUGUGCAAAAAAUGUCUUUUUUAAGCAAUCAUACUGUAUUGCUGUGUUACUGUACACUCUGGCACUGUUGAUGCUGCACAACUUGACUAUGUCACUCCACCAGAUGGGGCACUGCCCUUAGAAAAAGGUCCCAAUGCUCUACUGAAAAGUAAUAAGUUAUUUAUGUAUCUUUUACAGAGAAAGUUGCUGCAUACAAAAACUGUGAUAUUUGGUUGUGAGAUGAUAAGAAUGUAAAUUUUUGCUUCAUGAAAUUUAGAUUUGCAACAACACUUCACAAAUUAUACGUAUUUGUAACUACUACUCUUUUUACUCUUUGUUAGUAGAAAACUAUAGACCAUUGUAUUUUUUGUAUCAUAUUUUUGCUCAUGAGUCAAUGAUAUCUAGAUAAAUAUGCAUAAAGAACCAAAAUUUGUUCUCCAUUCCUGUAUUUUUUUUUUUUUUACACCAUUCCUUUUUCAAAGUUCAAAUGAAGAAAUUGGAAAUAGGGAACAGUAUUUACAUAGAUCACUACCAGAGAGCUAAACUUGGCAGUGAUGUUGAAAAAAUAAAUCAUCCAUCCAUGAUAUAAGUGCCCACUCACAAUCAGCAGCCGCAAAACCAAAAGUCUGCCCCACAAAACCCAGAAAAUGUGUCCGUUUAAGUGCCUGUCUAAUACAACGCUCAGUCUUUCAGCCUUAUCGCUUUGGUACAGCUUCAGGUUAGACUAACCUGAUCCAGACAGAGAGCUGCUUCUCUCUCGGUGUAGGAUCUUCUCUCUCGGUAUCUUUGUGGUGAGAUUACCUCCUGAGCUAACAUAGUCUGGUGAAUUGUAUUCAGAGCUGUCAUGCAUUCUCGUGUUACAUGCUGUUAUUCUGUGACAAACAAAGGUUUUUUCAUAAAAACAAAAAGAAAAAAAGGAAAAUGUGGACCAAAAUGAAUGUCAGGCUUUUGGAAAUCUUUCGUUGUUCUGAAACUGCUUUCAUCUUUCUUGGGUCAAACAUUCAGAACAACUUCAUUACGGUCUGUGUGUGUCUGCAAGGUCUGUAUUUUUGCUUGAAUUUCUGAAUUCUGCAGUAUUGAGUAGCUCAAACUCUCUUUUGGUCAUCUAUUUUACUUAACUUACCUGUCUAGCUUAGGUAAAUGCCCAAGUUGCUGUCAAUUACUGCUGUAUCAUAUGUUUAAAUGCAUAAUUAGAGGAAAAAUUACCCUUUAGCAGCACUUUAUUAUUCACAUUUAUAUUAUGCCUGAUUUUAUAUCUAUAUAGGUCAGGCAUAAUGAGAUUCUUUCAACAUAUUUCUGACAGGGUGGAGUCUUUGUUACUAAAAACAGACUGAAGUACUGCUGAUGGACUGCUUAAUGUUAUGUGAAUGGAAAGAAUUGCUGUUGUACCAUUUGUUUAUAUUCAUUACAGUUUUUGUGUACUCACCUAGAAAACGUGUGUGUAAAUAUGAUAAUAUUCAUUGGUAGAUGAGAACACUGAUCCAACUCAAACACAGUAGUCAAAAUCCUUAAAAUCAUUCCAUAAUUCAUUGUCAGUUAUUUUGUAUAGUAGCUCUUUAAAGCACAAAUUUGCCUUUUUAUUCCCAUAGAAAGCAUUCACUUUAUUCACUGUGUGCCUUUGUGUUGCUUUCACACAUCUUCAGCAAUAAAAUCAUGUAAAGGCACCAGCAGACCACCACGCAAACAGAUGCCUAUUGCAAGUAUAAAAACUGUAUUUUAUGUACAUAGAUUCACAAAUCUGCUUGGGCAUUGAAUUUUUUUAUGUGGCCUUUCGAAAAUCUUGUGGCUCAGGUUGGUGGACUGAAAACAUGGGAUGUUGUAAAUAUCACUCGGUUAACCUUCACCCACUCCUACUGUCUGAAAUCUUUACCUUUUCAAAGACCUUUUGACAGUUAAAUUAUUAGUACUGUAGUGAUGUACAUUGUUUUGCACCUAGAUCUCUUUUACUGUAUCUGUAUCGUUUUGAUUUGAUGGCUGAAUAUACUGUUGUGGCUUCAUGAUACUAUCAUACUUUUCCAGAAUUUACAUGUUAGGAUUGUUUUCAGUAGUGUUUGCGUUUUAGAGCACAGAGCAUAUUGUAACAUUUGUAAUAGUGAAAAUGUGUGUGUAUGGUGUUGGAAUGCUACUUUUGUUGGAGAAAUAUAAAUUUGCUUGGUUGGUGCCGUGAGCAGUUUAAUGGAUGAAAUAGUGGUGGCUUAAUAAAAGAAAUCACAAAUAUAAAUCUGAAGUUUUUUG